AUGUCUUUUACUAGGCGCUUAGUGCAGUGCAUCUCUCUUUUGCUGAGUCAUUGUCUUGAUGACUCAGCCAACACCGCAAACUGGACGUUCGCAGUGUUCAUAGAUAGAAACGAGAACAAACAAGAAUCAAUACCUCAACUUUCGUACCUUUUGUUUUGCAUUGAACCAACCUUACGUAUACGUAAAAUAAGGCCAAUCGACACUGAUCAGUAG